AUGUCCGCAACACAUUUCGAUUCCGCACCCCUCCCGGGAUACGCCCACAGCACCACCACUGUCGAAACUGUGCCUUCGUACAACGCUGCCAACACGUCUACGCCGUUUCCUUCCAAGCUUCCAUGCUCACUCACCCUCAAGAACAUCGAUCGCAAGUGCGACCCCAUCCUCUUCGUCGACGAUGCCGCGCAGGGCCGAGUCGUCUUUGAGUUUGUGCAGCUCGAAUACUCACGCAACUCCGCUCUCGACGAUUCGCUCUACGAUGACCUCGUCGGCAAAGCAGCAGAAAUCUUUUCCUCGCCAGUCAAGCUUGUUGUUUCCGCCGACAGCAACGCUCCAUUUGCUGUUCGAAAGCAUGUCGCCUCUUCCACGUAUGAAGUCAUCGAGCUCGAGCAAGACGGAACCUUGGGCAAGUGCACCAAGAUCUCUACCAAAGGUUUUUUCAAAAACAAAUACCACCUCGAGAGGUCCAGCCCAAGCACUAGCGUCGCCGAGUCCUCAGCAUCUGCAUCGUCCCCUAACAAUCCCAGCUCGGACUCUUUCUACAUCAAAGGAUCCCUCAAGGGACUCAACGUCGCCCUGCGCCGCAACGCUGACGGCCAGAAAUCCACCCUUGUCGAGCUGAUCAAGGGAGUGCAAGCUACCGUGGCUCACUUUGACUCUUCCAUCACAUCAUUGCCUAGCUCAUUCUCCAUUCCAUACCUUGUCGCAGUCCUGUUUGCUGCCAUCGACAGCCACCGUGAGCACUACCUGACUUUCACUACCGACGAAAAACUCGAUGAGCUUCAGGCCAAAGUGCGCCCCUCUACCUGGGACAGUCUCUUCCUUCAAGCAGGCCAGACGAGCAAAAAGCAAAAAGAGUUCUCGCAGCAGCUUGAAUCUGAACGUCAGAGAGAAUACAACGAAGCCGUGCACAACAAAAGUGCCUACCCGAACGGUAUCAUCCCUGCUGAGCGCUCAGGCUCAGCGAGCAGGUCAAGAUCGCGUGCUCGCGCUACAUCAAGGGACCAAUCACGCACUGCUAGUCCUGCUCCCAGGACCCUUUUCAAGGUGGAUAACGUGUCCGAGGCCGGUGCGGAAGAGUCACGUGGCCGUCGUUGA